AUGCCGUCUUGUAAACAGCACCGCUGGGUUUUGAUGAGGUUCGGCAACGACGGUAUAAGGACAAAGGCCAAAGCAAACCGAACGGGAUUGCAUCGAUGUUGGUCGGCCCCUAAUUUUUGGUUUCUUAAGCUUAAGGUAUCGCGGGGUUGCGUGGAGACGUCCCACAUUAAGCAGGACCUCGUACAAGAAAUCGAAUCCCGAGCGGUCGCAACACAGCAACAGAUCAAUAUUGUCAGAUCGCAAAUUACAGGGAAGCAGCGGGAAUUGCGCCUGUUAGAACUCACAUCGAACGAAAUUAGCCAGUUACCCAAGGAAACAAAUGUAUACGAGGGGGUUGGGAAAAUGUUUGUCGCAAACCCGAUCACGAACGUGAAUAAACGGCUAUCGGCGGAAAAAGGAGAAUUGAAAACCGCAAUAUCCAAUCUAGAAAAGAAGCUCCAUUAUUUGGAAACGACACAUAAAAAUAGCCGGCAACAUAUGGACCAGAUAUUCAAGACUGGUGGCAAGGCAUGA